AUCUCUGUAUACAAGAGAGUUCAAGAAGACUGAAGACAACAAUCUUGAUCAGCCAGUUUGUUCCAGUUUUGAAUGACAUGGGGUGUGUUCUGUUGUAGUUUCAGCGAAAGUGAAAAUAUCAGACUGAGAGACUGAGUUUGUAAAAUGGAAGCUAUAAACCUGGCUUUAAGAAACAUUGCGGGGACCUACUUAAAGCAGAAGACUACAGACUGCAGUCUUCAUGGGCAGAAACUUCUAUUCUUCUGUGAACAUGACAAAGAGCUUCUUUGUGUCGUCUGUCAGACUUCAAAAAAUCACAAAAAUCACCCAGUCUGUCCAGUGGAAGAGGCUGUACUAGAACUGAAGGAGGAACUCAAGCCUGCACUUAAUCUUAUUAAAGAAAAACUGAAGAGGUUUUCUGAGGUUGAACAAGAAUGUAAGGAAACAGCAGAACACAUCAAGAGUCAGGCCCAGCACACAGAGAGGCAGAUAAAGGCAGAGUUUGAGAAGCUCCACCAGUUCCUGCGAGAGGAAGAGGAGGUCAGACUAGCUGUACUGAGGGUGGAAGAUGAGCAGAAGAGUCGGAUCAUGAAGGAGAAGAUAGAAAACAUCACAAGACAAAUCUCCACUCUUUCUGACAAAAUCACAGCUAUAGAGAGGGUCAUGGACACUGAAGACACCUCCGUUUUACAGGUAGGAGCUUGAUUUAUUUUAAUUCAAUAUGCUGGUUUGUGGUUUUUCACAAUAUUUGGCCGUGUUCCCUUAUUCUGCACCAAUGCAGCAGUAGCCUACUGUGAGUGUCAAACUCAGAGUGCAGGUGUUCAAAGAGAUGCAUCGGCUCAUUUUAAAAUGUCAUCACAAAUUUUUUUUUUAUAUUUUUGAAUUUUGUAAAAAAUUGGUGUCACCAGAAAGUCAAUAGAAAACAUCACCACUGCAGAGUAGGACAUGUCCUGUAUAAUUUACAGAAGGCCUCAUUUCCCCCACAUAAUUGUCUUUCACCAUUGUGUCCUCUAUAAUAGCAGUGACACUGCACACUACAUGCAGGUAACUGCUGCAAAGUUCAAGACAGAUGGAUGAAACUGCCUGUUCACUCUCUAGAUUUGCAGUGAGUUGAUUCGGAGUUGAUGAGCAAUCUUCCAGCCACAUGGUAGCAAAAUUAAUGGUCAACAAAACCUGCCCAGCAUUUUUAUACACAACCGUGAGAAUGCUGGGAUGUUCACUGCUUAAUUAUCUCAGGAGUCACACCUGUGUGGAAGCUCCUGCUUUCAAUAUUCUUUGCAUCCUUCAUUUAUUCAAGCGUUUCCUUUAUCUUGACGGUUACCUGUACAUUACAGUACCUUCAUUCGUAUUUGCUUACUGUUAAAAUUACAUCACUUUUAUUUGCCUGGCUCUUGUUUUUCACUUAUUAUAACAUGUCUCUCCUAAUGGUCUCUACUGAGUACGUUUAUACAUGUAUACAUCUUAUUACAAUUGUGCUGUUAUGUGUUUUUCAGAGCUACAAGAACAUCAAGGAAAGGUAUGCAGACUCUGACCUAUUUUCAAGUGUCUGUUUAAGUCUCUUUAAACCCUAAAUCUGGGGCGACAUAACUCUGGAGGUAAGAGCGGUUGUCUGGCAGUCGGAGGGUUGCCAAUUUGAUCCCCCGCCCUGGGUGUGUCGACGUGUCCCUGACCAAGACACCUAACCCCCAAUUGCUCCUGAAGAGCUGAUUGGUACCUUUCAUGGCAGCCUUUCACCGUUGGCGUGUGAGUGAAUGGGUGAAUGAGAGGCAUCAAUUGUAAAGCGCCUUGGAUAAAAGCGCUAUAUAAAUGCAGUCCAUUUACCAUUUAAAGCCUGAGUGACUCCUGCUUGUCAUUACAGAGCCCAGUGCACACUGCAGGACCCAGAGCUGCUCUCAGGGGCACUGAUAGAUGUGGCCAAACACCUGGGCAACCUGAAGUUCAGAGUCUGGGAGAAGAUGCUGAAGAUGGUGCAGUACACUCCUGUGUUUCUGGACCCCAAUACUGCAUGCCCCUGGCUUUCUCUCUCUGAUGAUCUGACCACUGUGAGAUUAGGUACAAAGCAGAA